GAGUUCAAUACAUGGGGACAGCUGGACAGUUUGCCUGAAAACGGGACUGUCCCUUUCAAAACGGUACGUUUGGUCUGUCUCCUUUUUUUCUUGAGAAAGAGAAAAUAAACAAAUAUUUCAAGAAAAACUGACUUCAGACGUGUUCUGUGUCAUCCAUGAACGAAAAUUAUAAAAUAUAAGCUAAUACAGUGAAUUUUUUAGAUGGAGUAGUUUUACUUGGAACAACUACCGUUUUGGUCCUUUAAUAACAAUAUUUGCAUUUGUCACGUGACUACAAACGGUCAUCCGAAUCUUCCACCCAGUGGGUAUAGAUUCUGAAUACCUGAAAUUCUUCAGGGUGAUAGACAUGCAAUUUUGAUAAUGAUCAGUGUUGCAUUAGUGCUGUGCAACAAUGUUUUGAUAUGACAAGAGCAAUAACUCUUGUAAGAACUACCGUGGUUUGGAUUUAUUGACGAGUGUGUGGAAUUUUGAAAUGAUCACCUAAAUUUGUUUUUUCGUCACGUCGAUAUGAUAUGCCAAAUAUGCCUACCUAUUUGACGGAUCGCAAUGAUGUAUGUAUGUGUACAUACCGACACAAGUGUUCAAGAAUAUUUGAUUUGAGACUUCCAUGUGAUAGGAGGAUGGUAGUAUUUAAGGAGAAAAGUAUAAAGUUGAAACUAGUUGAGGAUGGUUGAACAAUGGGUCCUAUUGAUGGUUUUAAAUGCAAGUCAUUCUGCGUGAUUUGUUUUCGACUGAACAUUGCUGCUGUGGAAUAAGAUGAAGAUUUUCAGACACCAAAAAUGAAACUUAUGUAAGGAUUUGAGAAUUGCGAAAUUGGAACAUACUCUCAGCAUGCAUCAGCAUAGAAGAAGGAAGAAGCGGCCUAGUUAUGGUGUCAGAACUGUUGAAAUAUCGAGGGGUAAAAAUGGAUUUGGUUUUACUAUAUCAGGACAGGCUCCUUGUAUUUUAAGUUGCAUUAUAACUGGAAGUCCUGCUGAAAAAGCUGGAUUAAGGCCUGGAGAUUUUUUGAUAGCUGUGAAUGGUCAAAGUGUAUCGAAAGCACCUCAUGAUGAUGUUGUUCGGCUUAUCGGUAAUUCAAGUGGCAUUCUAAAGCUACAGAUUGCAGAAAAUUAUUACUCAGAUUCUUCAGAAGAGGAAUUCAUAUCCGUAGUCAAACUUCGUCCAAAAUAUCCAAAUAAAGUUCGUAAUAGGCAACAGAGUAGUGUUUCACGUGCUGAAAAAGUUGUGCAAGAUUUACAGACUGGUGCCUUAUUUGUAGAUCAUAUUCAUGGAAAUAAAAUUGUUGAAGCACCUCAAAAGCAGAGAGAGCCAAAAGGUCCAACUGUCAGUUUAGCUGGUCCUAGCAGAUCAAAUAAAGUUUUACUUGAUUUAAUUUUACAGCAAAGGCUUCAAGAUGCAAAUAAUAGACAUUCCUUGCAAAAUAUAUCGCUAUCUCAAAAUACCUGUGUUUCAUCAGUCUCAACUUCUGCUAAAACAAAACAAACUGCUCUAAAGAAAAAAGAUGCCAAAGUAUCAAAAAGCCGAAGUCAUCCUGAGCAUUUGAAUACAUCGUCAAGUUCAGCUGGCGAAGUUUUCCAUUCUAUUUUUACUGAACAAGAUUUGAAUAAUAUUUUAUAUCCUGCUAUUUUUGCUUCACACAGUAAUGAGCAAAAAAAUCAAGAACAAGCAGUUUUAAAAGCAGUUGUUGGCUAUUUGGGAACUAUUGAAAUGCCUAAGGAACCUCAGCUUCCUAACUCUCGUCUUCAGACAAUACGUAACUGUAUUCGUAGAUUGCGAAUUGAAAAGAAAGUGCACACUCUAGUGCUACUGUCAGUAUUUCCUGAAAGUAUUAUUCUGAUUAACCCCCAAGGUGUAACAUUAGCUGAAUUUUCUGCUGAUAAAAUAACUUUCAGUGGUGUAUAUAGUGACGAUAAGAAAUUUUUUGGUCUUGUAACAAAUCAUGGUAUUAGCAGUGAUGAAUUAAGUGAAGGAAGUCAAGAAGAUCCUGGAUUUGUUAGCAGUUCCUGUCAUGUAUUUAUGGUUGAUCCAAAAUUAACACCCCAUCACCAGCAUAUGAAAAGAGCAAAAGCUUUUCAUAUAACUUGUACAUCAGAUCCUGUCACCAAUAAAUGUAAAGAGUUUCCCGAAUCUGCAGACAGUAUAUUACAAGCUGUAGUUGGUCUCUAUAGAAAUAAGCUGGGUUUCAACCAUGAAAUAGUGCAUGGAUUAGAAUUUCACAUUAACAUGUCUCCUCAACCAAGUAAUACAAGUAGCAACAGUAGCAACAGUGACAGUGGCAUAGGAUUUCGAGAUGAAGGAAAUGCAAGUGAUCGAGUUUUUGUUGUUGAUGUGGAUAAUUAUCACCAGUACAGUACAAAUAGUUUAGACAGGCAAGCUUUUGCUACUCCCGGCUUUGGGUUGCUUGAAGCACCACUAAGGUCAUUUUCCCUUUCUCAAGACAGUCCUUUGUUGAUGUCGAAAUCAGUUAAUAAUACUCAACCUAAUGAUCUAAAAAAUACUUCAGGCAAAAGUGUCUCUUCUCAGUUUGACCGUUUGACUGUGCGAGCUAUGCCUGAUCCUGUUGGAUUUGAAACAACAUGCUGUAAUUACAGUUUUGAUGAUCUAGAACAAUCUAAUUCACCCAACACUUUAAAUGCUUUGCACAAUUUAAUGCAAUUAAAGCAUGACAUUGCUGGAGGUUGUGUAAAAGGUCAAACCUUGUGUCAGCUUGGGCAGUGCAAUGGUGGACAUUUAAUGAAUGGAGCAUUAGAUAUUGAUAAUCAAAAGGGUUUAACUGCUGAAGAUUUGGAAAUUAGUAGUAAACUCAGUCCUAAGGUUUAUGGGCUGAAUUUCCCAUCAAAAUCUGCUGAUGAAAUGGGUGUAUGCAGUACAUCUGCUGACUCUAUUGGUUGGGAAUGCACAUCUUGUAGCACAGAAGAGCUACAGUCACAGCCUAGGCAUCUCUUGCUACAAGAAACUCAAGACACCACUGAGUUGGAAGAAGAUGGUAGUCAAGAUGUUCACCCUCCAACACAAGAGGAGGAUUCAGAAUCAGAAAUUUCUGGGAUUGAACAUGGCUCUGAUCUUUCUAGAAAAUGGGGUAGAACCUCAUCCUUGCGAAGACACCUUGGACAAAAGCGUAGCUUACACCGCAAUACCCAUGAGGCGGGAACUGUUUCUGAUGGAGAGUUAACUAGUGGAAAAGUUUCUACAUCUAGCAGCAUGUUGGCUUUGGAUCAUUUGAGUGAUACAUCCCACCGUAGUAGUUGCACUUCUGAACGACCUAUAGAUGUUGGCAGAGUUGGUAGCUGGGCUGCUGGAUUUAAUGUUCUUCUCGAAGAUUCAGUUGGAUUGCAUACUUUCAGUGAAUUCCUGAAGAAAGAAUUCAGUCAAGAAAAUAUUACAUUUUGGAUUGCUUGUGAGCAGUAUAGGCAGUUGAAAGACCAAUCAUUGAUGGUUCAGAUGGCAAAAGAGAUAUACUCUAAGCAUCUCUGUAUUGGUGCCCAAGAGCCUGUCAAUGUUGAUAGCCAUGCUCGUCAACUAGCUCAAGAAGGUUUAGAUUCACCAACUCCUGAUCUCUUUCUACCAGCACAAAAACAGAUAUUCAAUUUGAUGAAGUUUGAUUGCUAUCAAAGAUUUUUGAAGAGUACGAUGUUUAAAGAAUGUUUGUUGAGAGAAAUUCAAGGGCAAAAAGAACCAUCAUUGUAUGAUGGACAAUCUGAAGCUGCUAGCUCUUGUGAAAAUGAGAAGCAAAAAAUGUGUGGAGAUUUAAAAAAAAGAAAAUCUUUAAUACCAUGGCAUAAAUUGAGUAAAAUAAAAUCUAAUGAGUACAAGAUUGGAGGACAUAGAUUAUGGGACAGACAGUGUGAAAUACAAAAAUCGUUAAAAAAGAAAAAGAAAGAAAAAGAUUUGCAUAAGUUGGAUGAUACCAGUUCAACUCAAUCAGAUAUGACAGAUAGCCGAUCAUCCUUGACUAGUAGUGAAACUGGUGUUGGCAUGAUUCAUAAAAAUGUAUCAUCUAGAGAGUCUUUAAACUCCGCUGAGCUGACUUUGUUUCCUAAUCAUCGUGGUGCCAACGGCUACUACUGCAGAGUUAUAUUGCCUGAUCUCUCAACAACAGUUGUGAAAACUCAGAAAGGAGAGACUGUAGGAGAAAUGCUGUUAAAACUUUUGGAAAGACGCAACUUAAGUUAUAAUGCAGUUGAAGCAUAUAUUGUUGGAUCAAAUCAGCCACUUGACCAUGGUAUUGAUGUUACAACAUUAAGUUGUCGAGAAAUAAGAGUAGAACAAGUUAUUUUGUUCUGUAUUGAGCUACCAAACAAGAAAACUAUAGGUGUAAAAGCAAAAAAUAAUAAAAUAUGUGGGGACAUUUUAAAGCCUGUUCUUCACAAGUAUGGUUACAAAAUGGACAAUGUAAUAAUGACAGUUGCAUCCUUGCAGAAGCCUGUUGUCAAAAAUGCACCCAUCAUAGCUAUAGAUAACCAGAGAAUUGUAAUUGAAACAAGGAAUUUAUGUCUUGCUGCUUCAGACAUGAAUUCAGACCAGAAAGGUUGUAAAACCUUGGCAAAUGAUAUGCAUUCAAGUUGUUCUUUUCCAGACCUGGAAGAGCUGACAAAUCAAAUAUUUGAUGAUCUCUUAAAAGCUAGACCUGAAUUUGAUGGUUUGGGAAUAGUAGACAUUGUUCAAAAAUGUAAUUCGAAGAAGAAUGUACUGAAAUCUGAUCAUUUAUUUCGUUCUUCUGAUUCAAAGUCAGAUGUAGAUAAAAUGGCUUACAUAUAUAAACCUUCUGCUUCAAAAAGGAAUGGAAUUAAAUCUUUAAUUGAAAGCAAAGCAUUGCUGCCACAUAAUUCUUUUCACAACAUCAAUACAUUUUCAGAAACACCUGACUUAUCUCAUCUUCAUUGCAUUAAAAGUCAACAUGCACCUGAUAUCAAAUUUGACAUUAAUAUGAAGGAUCCCUCUAAUGGCAAAGAAAAUUGUCCUGUGCCUGUAAAAAUGGACAUGAAGACAAAUUCCUCUUUAAAUAGCCUUGAUCUUGAUUUUGGAUUAGCAACUGCUUUGCAGUCAAUGGAACAUAAUUUUGGAUCUGAUAUGUAUUCAGGAUCACAAAAGGAUGACAAAUAUAUUUCUAGAUCUUCCUAUUCAAAUGAAUUUGAGGCUACAUGCUCUGAAACAUUUUUGAAAAAUUUAGGUAUUGUUCCUUCAAUAAUUGAUGAUUUAAAAGCUCCACGUGUGCCAUGGUCUUCAAAACCAAAUAAUGAUCUCUUAUCAAACCCUUUAAGAAUACCUCCUUGUUCUAGAUCUCAUGAGCACAAAGACCCUAUUUUAUUACCAGUAAAUUCAUCUCCUACACCAAACAUGGACUCCACAUUAAUUGCUGAUGAAAACUUUGAAUUGGAUUUGGAUGUUGAUGUUACCUUACGAGCUCAAUCUGAAGAUUCCCUGUCUCCUUCUCGAUUAGGAUUCACUACUGAAUCUCUUAACCAAAGUGAAGAUUCAUCACUAGAAAGAGAUUUAUCUAAAGAACCUAUGUUCUCACAAGUACCUUUGAGAAGACUGUCUUGUGAACCACCUCCAGUUCCUCCAAAAGCUAUGUCCAGAGGACCACCUCCAAGACCUCCAAGUCGCCAGUUAGUACAUUCUAAUCCUGCAUUUUGUUUAACAUCAGAAGAUGAUAUAUCAGAUGGUGAUGAAAUUAGAGAUGCAAAUCUUGAUUUAAUUUCCUUGAAAGCAAAAGAAAACUUUUUAGACUUGGGGAAAGAUUAUGGAGAAUUUAAUAUUAGUUUUGUAUGAGAGCAUUAGUUUAUGUAUUUGUACAUAAAUAAUUAUAUUUAUUUUCACAUGAGGAAACAUUUUGUAUAUAUAUUUUAAUAGACAUUUUCUGUGUGUGCUAAAGCAUUCCAAAAAUUGACAGUUGCAGCGUACUGUUAUUUAUUUUCAGAUGACUUAUAUAUGUAUAUAUAUAUUAUGAAGUUCUCACAAUGAGAUUAAAAUAAAUUGGUUUGCAAUAAUAAACUAUUUUUGGUACCAAAAUAUUAUUGAUUCAUUAAAGAAAUAUUUUCUUUAUACUUGUAAAUUUAAUUGUGGUGAUUUGAUCGCCGUAUCAAUGGUAAAAGUUUUAAAACAGGACAUCUUUGUUUGAACACUUGUUGGCUCAAAGUAGUUUGAGUGUAUUUGCUGCAAAAUUUUAUGGGCAUAGACAGAAAAGUGCAUUUGCAUUUUAAAAUAAAAUUUCAAAGAAGAAAAAUUAUUUAUUAAUGUUUUUUCUUUUUUGAAAAAA